AUGAGACAGAAAUUUCCGAAUGUGAAACAUCGUGACUUUGUUACAAACACGAUCCGAAAUAUAAGUCCAUCUACAUUAUCUCAGGGUUCACCUGCGACAUCACUUUCCUCAGGUACUGUUUACCCUAUAACACAUUUUAUUGAUUCUAACCGGUUUUCUGUGAAGCAUAGAACAUAUAUUGCUGCCAUUACAAGAGGAAAUGAACCCAAAAGUUUUAAGGAGGAUAUGAAACACGAGGGUUGGAGGAAGGCAAUGGCAGAUGAGAUACAGGCACUUAAAGAACAGGGUACUUGGGUACUAGAGAAGCUACCACCGGGUAAAAAGGCACUUGGAAGCAAGUGGGUGUACAAAGAAAAAUACGAUGAGCAUGGGAAUUUGCAGAGAUUUAAAGCAAGAUUAGUCAUCUUUGGCAAUCAUCAGGUUCAAGGAUUAGACUACAACGAAACAUUUGCUCCGGUGGCAAAAAUGGUGACUGUGAGAACCUUUGUUGCAGUAGCUCAGUGA